CAGCAACAACAACAACAACAACAACAACAACAACAACAACAGCAGCAGCAGCAGCAGCAGCAACAGCAACAGCAACAAUCUGAACCUGAUAAUGGCUUACUUCCCACACCGCCGAUUGCGAUGAGGGAUAUUUAUGACGGCAAUAUUCAUACCACUAUGAGCAAUAGUGAUAAUGACCCUAUGUUACUGUCUCCACCUCUUACAGCUUUCUCUAAUGAAUCUUUAGCAUCAACAUCCCCACCCCAUACCAAGAGAGCUUCAAUAUCUUCAGAAACUACUUCAGUUUCAACAUCAACAGCAGCAAUGGAUAUAAUCAAGGGUUUUGAAAGCUGGACUGAAGAAGAUGAUAAAAUUCUAAUGGCUCACGUCUUAUCCAGGUAUAGUGGCGCCAGGUGGGAAGAAGCUGUGAGCAAGCUUAACCAUCAACAUACAGUUAGGGGGUGUAAAAGGCGAUGGGAGAUGUUGAGAGAUUUACUUUUACGUGGUGCAACCCAAACAGGCAUACAGGGAUGGUCAUUGUAGCGUCCAUACUAAUUUGUGCCCUGCGUUAUUACUUAUUUGAAAAGUGCAUGCAAAAGAUAUAAUAUACACAGUAAUUAUCUUUAUAUAAAUAAUAAUAUCAAUUAUCUUUAGUAA